AAGGGGUAAACUUUUGUGUGCGCAAACUUCUGAAGUUUAUCUAAAUAUCGUUGCUGUGACAUUUGUAAAAAUGAGUUUGAAUGACCUAUUUGUCCAGAUUUUGCAGUCUGAGCAGAAGGCGAAAGAAAGGAAAGCCUUGCUGAGUGAAGUUAGAAAUGAGAUAACUCAAGUAAAACAACAAAUAAAGGAAGUCCAAGAAGAAUGUCUCUCAACUCAGGGUCAACUUGUUGUCAAGAUCCAACAUCAGACAGAAGCUGAGUUGUCAGUGGUGUGGUUGAGACACAAAGAGGGUAUUCUCAAAGAUCAGCUGGCCCGAGCGUUGAAGGAAAGAGACUCCAAUGCACAGGAACUGAAGUCCUUAGAAGCUGUACAGACUAAGGAACAGGAGGACUUCAGCCGAGAGAUUGCCAACUUCAACCAGGCCUAUGGCCUGUGCGGAGAUGGUAAGGAGCAGAGGGAGUCCGAGGCCAGACAACAACUCCAAGAGUUGAAAAACGAAGAGGAAAAAUUACUGACAGAAAUAAUGCAUCCAGAAGUGUCUGAGUACCGUAACACCAAAGCUGCACUGAGGAAACUCAAUGAAGAAAAGAAGAAACUGGAAUCAGAAGUACAUCAUCUCCAAGACACCUUACAAGGAUUGCAUGAGCAAUUGGAUCAAAAACAGUCUAUUACAAAGAAACUUGAAAGAGUUAAAAGUGAAGUUGCGACUCUCCCUCAAAAUGAUCCUGAGUUCUUAAGACUGCGCAGCAAACUGGAAGCUUGCCACGAGGAGGGCUUGGAAGCCAUAUGCCAGGCCCUGCAGCAGGAGGUGGAUCGGCUGCAGCGCCAACGUUGGCAGCAGCAGCUGCAGCUGCAGCGACUGUCCAGCCAGGCCGGCGGCUCCGGUGCUGGUACUGCUGCUGGUGCCAGCUCAGAGCAGCAGAAUCCAAGCCCUGGCAAGAGGAAGGCACAGAAGAGACAGGUUCAGCCGAGCUCACUGUCCUCUUCCAACCAAACGGACUCAGUCAACACGUGGAGCAGCUUCCGUGUGACAUGUCCGAUGCAGCCAACUCCGUCCCCUCAGGAUGCCAAUCCACCGGCCGCCCCCCCACAAACCCAAGCCAGGACUGCUGAUGGCCACCACCCUGCUGGGCCUAGUGCCACAUCCCAGCCCAGCACAGCCCCCUGUAUAAAGAAGGAGCCUUCAUUCCAUCCUGGAGGGGUGAGCAAACCAAACUGGGCAAAGCUGACGAGGGGCGCCAAGAAACAGAGUGCUUCAAAAUCACAGAAACCAGAUUCCAACAACACCAUCAAGCGGUUCCUCUUCUUGCAGACCGGUCAAUCUGACCGAGCACCGUCGACGGAAGCCCAGUCCAUCCAGCCAUCGACUCAGGGCUCUACUUCUUCCGUGAUGGCAGCAGAUGACGGCAAGGACGGCCGGGGUGGUUUCUGCACUACGACGGGAACCAAUCCAGCCAGAUUGUCACAGGUUCCAGGAACAGCCAAGAAAGUGCAUUUCAAGUAAUAGUUCAGAAGCUUGAAGAAAAGCAGAUCUGAAAUGCUGAUCAAUGCAGGUUUGCAUAUAAUUCUGGGAUUAAAAAAAUAAUAAAGCAUGAACCCCCCAAAAAAGGGCCACAACGUUGUAUGGCUACGACUCUAUCUGGCAUUAUCUGCAAGGGUCUACUUUUACAACUUAAAAAAAAAACCGAAUCCUAUGCCAAAAAAUUCUAACAGUCAGUGAAGUUGCAUGAUGGGUAAAUGUGUCUCUUGUCCACUCUGUGAGGAAGUGCCCCCCUCCAGGGCAAAGAAGACGGGAGCUGGUGGGGACCAUUUCAACUGCAACCGUAUAUAUUCCAACAGUAAUUGGUAAUCCCAAGUGUGCAUGCACCUGUGUGCCAACCUUGCAUGGACUCGUGAACAAAAGCAGUCCUCAGACUGCAUGUUGUGCAAACAUUGUGUGGACUUUGAAGCCAGCUCCACACGAGAUUAUCCUCUUUCUGGUAAACAGCUGUAGAGCUUCAAAGAGUGUUCACGAUGCAAGAAGAAGGCACAUUUUCCACCAAGUUUUCUUCACACAAAACAAAAUUAGGAAUGUCCACGCUAGGUCGGUAAGAUAAAUGAGGUGCGUCCCCACUGUACGGACAUGACUACUAUGUAAAACACAGCAUUUCUUGUUCAUACAUGGAGCGAAAUGUAUCAACCCCAUCCAUGUAGUCACCUGGGCAAAAUACGGCAAGCAAAGGCUGAUUUGAAUAAACAAGAGAACACUUUAAUAUCAUCAAUGCAGUUUAUGGAUAGUGUACAGUUCUUUACAUAUAAUCUGUAAAAAUUAAUAAUUCAUGGAAGUAUUAACCAAUUUACAUCAGCAUGGACACAGAGUCUUUUGUGGUUGUGAUUUAAACUUACACUGCAUAGUGAAAAUUGGGAGGUUAAGCAUAUAAAUAACAGCUGAUGUGCUUUUCAAUAAAUAACGGUCAUUAUUGUUACUCUUCAAGUUCCAAGAAUCUUUCUACAAAACUCAAAUGUUCAUUUUGUUUAACUGGAACAAUGUAUUACAAGAGGAGGAGAAAAACUUUGACGAGUUUGAAAUGAUUGUUUAAAAACUGCGAGAAAAAUACAACAAAGACUUUUAUUUCUAGAAAUAAGUGUAGAUGACCAGCGUCUAUAAGGUGUUUUGACUAGUAGUGCUGGGCUCGUUAAUUGUAAAUAUACAAAAGAAAAACAAUUGGUUUCAAUGUUAUCAUUGUUAUGGAAAUACUGACCUUAACGUGGUCUUUUCAAAGAAAUAUGUAAAUAAAAAAGAUACAAAAGUCGUUCCUUUCAUUGCUUAAUGAUUUGCAUAGAAAACUAAAUGUAAACCGUUACGAAAAUAGCAUACAAAUGGUUGGUCCAAUAAGUAACAUACAAUUUCUUGAGUUCUGUACACCCAAAAAAAGUUCAUGAGAAAAAAAAAUGACCAAUUCGGAAAGCAAUGAUGGUUUUUGGAAUUCUUCGGAAGGUUGCAUUGUUGCAUUAACCUCUGCCCCAAAGAUAUAACUAUUUUAGAAACAUCCUAAACUAAAAUUAAAAAAGAAAAGAAAAUUCACCAAGUCCCAUGUUAGGCAAGUCUGCUUCUGCAAGUCGAGCGUCUUCCCUGAACAACUAAAGGAUAGAUUUUUGAAAAUUCACAGCACUUGUUGCUCGUUUACUGUGGCC